AAAACAAACAAAAUGAGUUUUAGUCAAAGCUUUAUUGAUAAAUUAUCACGAACUUUUAACGAUGAUAAAUAUUUUUUUAAAAAUCAACCAUAUUCCUCACAUACCGAAUCCGAUGAGGAAUUUGAAGGAAGUGAUGAUGAUGCAGAGGACACAGAUGAUGAUAAAACUUUACUGGAAGAUGAUGUAUUCGCUGAUGAAAAUAGUAAAACAGAAUCGGAACUUGCUGAAGAAAUAACACAUGACUUACAAUUAUCUGGUUUAAUAAAUGGCCAUCCAGAUUUUCAUACAUCAACCUUAUCGAAUUUCUUUACAUAUUGGUAGUAAAUACAAGAAAAACACCAUAAAAAUAUGACUCAUAUAAAUUAAUAAGUUACAAUACCGCG